AUGGAAGGGCAACCAUCCCCACGAGCUUCCUUCUUGGGUUACAAGCCGGGCCUGUUGGAGAGCAGCAGGAGCCAAGGACUUAGAGAGCAGCGAAGCCGAUGCUCAGCCGGCACCGGCCAGGACCAAGGCUUCCAAGAAAGGGUUGGGCCAAGAACUGCGGGACUUAUCCCACCUUUUUGGCGACGGCGACGACAGCGAGAGCGAAGAGGACGACGAGAUAGGCCAGGCGAACCAGGCAGCGGCCAGCAGCAGUCGGGUGCUGGCCCCCGGUGCACCUUCGAAGGGGCGAAAAGUGGAGGAGCCCAAGAAGAAGAAGCCGGAGAUCAACGUGCAGGCUCUGCUGGCCGAGGGUUUGGCCAAAGGCCAAAGUGCUUCGGAGAUGCUGCCAUUGGCCUUAUUAGCUAUGGUUGUGAAGAAGGACAAAGGAAGCAAGGCCAAGGGCAGCUCACACCAUGGUGGCUUUUCCUCCGACAGCGAAAGCGACGAGGCCGACUUCAGCAAGUCUGGAAUGAAGGCCGUGGUUUCGCUGAACAAGCUGCACGCCAGGAUCAAGAACCGCCCCGCCAGGAUUUACCACGAGUUCGAGCGGGAGAUCGUGGAGGACAUGGGAAUCGUGGCGGGACAGGCCUGGACGAUUCGGGACUACCUCAAGAAGCAGGCCUGGGGGAAGUUCAAGGGCAUCUUCCGGUGUGCGGUCAUGGAUGCAGCAGCUUACGAAAUGUUGCGGGCCGGCGAGACCGAGAGCGCCACCGCACAGCUAGCGCAGAACAUGAAAGCAAAACUGCAGGCUGUGAUGUCAGGGGGCGACUGGGAAGCGGCGUGGCUCUUGACAGGAUUAGCCGAUCCUCUAAGCCGCCGCGAGUUCGCGGGCAGCAAAGAGGAGAUGGCGGUGGUGAGCGGCUACCUCGAGGCGCUCAGCAAGCUCAAGAAGAAAGUCCGCGAGGCCGGCCAGAGCAGCCAUGGCGACGAGGAGGACGACGAGGGUGGCAAGAGCCACCGAAAGUGAACCUGGACCUGGAACUGCAUGGGGCCGGGAAGGUGCUCCACUCAGUGGAUCCUGCUCUUUCUGGUCGGAAUUCAACUAGAUUUAUGAAGUACUUCGCGUGGCUGGAACGUGCCCAUGGUUACCUACUGGAACGGUCCAGUGCCGACACGCCGCUUUUCCCUAGUGCUCUUCCCUACCCCGAGGUGUGUGGCCUUAGGUUGGGUGCCAAAGGUUUUCUUGAUUCCGCUGAGUGGUGCCGGGCCUUCGUGAAUGCGUUGGUGGCUUGGUGCAAUUAUGUGGUUUUGGGAUGCCCUGACGGUGCCGGGAGCGCCUACGAGCCGCGAGUAGCCCACCGUAGUGUGGAAGGCAUUCGUCCAUAUGCCGAUAAGCUGCUUGGCGAGGUGGCAGAAUUCUUUUGUCCCGAGAUGUUGUCUGGAACACUAAGUUGUGAGGGCAAACGAAAGGACUUGGAGGAACUUGUGGCCUCCGGUACAGGUGCAUGCUAUAGUGGUGUGGUUAAAGUGGGGUGCGAGAAGUUUUCUUCUGCUCUUCCGGAGGCGGGACAGGUGGAUCCGCGACAGUGUUUGGACAGCUCUCGGGCCGAGGUGCUGGAUCGCCUUUCGGAUCUUCGGCUACCGGAGGCGCUGUGGGGCGAAGAGGUGGUGGCAUGUCAUCGCGUGGCUGUUCAAGAAGAAACUCCGUUGUUGAGACGGUUGCUGGCUGCACAGAUGAUCACCUUUGUUCCCGAACAGGAGCUGCCUCGACGACGUGACGGGCGGCUGCUGUUGGGAGGCCUCUUUGCUGUGCGGAAGAACGAGGACGAGGACCGGCUCAUCUUUGAUCGGAGGCCAGAGAAUGCUACGAUGACGCGCCUUGAUUGGGCGAAACUACCGGCAGGGGCUUGCUUUUGUCGGAUGAUUCUCGGCGAGAAGGAGAUCCUUCGAGGCUCGGGGGAUGACUUGCGCAACUACUACUACACGUUGGCUCUGCCUUUGGAAUGGGUCAGGUUCAAUGGUUUUGGUCGUCGGGUUGAGCCCAAGUUGUUGGCGGAGGCGACGCACGAAGCUGUUCUUAGACGGGAAGGUCUGCUCGACAAAGGUGCAUACUUGGAUGACCUCCUGGUCACCUACAGGCUCGCGCUGGCUCAGAAAGUUGCACUCGAUGGCUCAUUUCAAGCUCCUGCGCCUUUGCCACAGGACCCGGACGUGGUGCUGGUCAAGGCGGCCGAGCGUGCCUAUCAUCAGGCGAACUUGUCACGGGCCGAGCACAAGGCGUUUCGAUGCGAGACCAAUUUCAAAGCAUGGGGGGCCGAGGUGGAUGGUGUGCAAGGCCGUGCCGGUGCACCUUUAGAUGUACGGAGGCAGGUUUGGCAAAUCUUGCGCAAGAUUGUGGACCUGGGCUUUUGUACGAAGGAGAUCCUGCAGCGGUUGUUGGGCUUCGUGUGCUUCAUUUUCCAGUAUAGGCGGGAGUUUUACAGUUUGCAGCAUCAUAUUUAUCGGUACAUGGAGGGCAUGAAGAUCGAUCGGUGGGUGCGCUUGCCGAACCACAUCAUUGAUGAAUUGAGGUCCAUGGCCUUCCACCUGCCGUUCGCUUUCUGGAGCAUGCGUCGUGAACUCGGUCGGGACCUUGUGGCUACAGAUGCAACACCUACCGCAGGGGGAGCUACCGCCGCACAAAUUUCAGGGGACCUUGCUCGUGAACUGUGGCGGCGCUCCGAGGUGGCUCCACGGUGGAUGCGAACAUAUGAUGUGCCAGGCCCUCGCCUUUGGGGAUUGGAAGUGCAUACUGGUCAGCGAGGCUUUCAACGUACCAGGGAAUGUCCAGAAGGAGAUGAGUGCCUGCCUCAUGUCAAGUGGGCGAAUGACCUUUGGCGGCGGGCUGUUCACCUCGCGAACAUUGCGCGCAAGGCUGGGGUCUUCUUCGCCAUUGUGAACCCCGCGAACUCUCGAGCUUGGUCGAUGCCUGAGACUCAGCAACUGGUGUGCCGUGACGGUGUGUCGGUAUGUAAAGUCGACUGGAGUGCCUAUCAGCCGGAGGGGGGCGGGACAACGCACGCCAAACGUGUUAUGAAAGUGUGCUUUACGCUGCCAUGGUUGGAUGGGCGCGGGCUAAAGACUGGCAGUGGGCAGGGUCAGCAGGCAUGUGGUGGUCGUGGCCAGCGGGCUCAAGGGCGAGGUCGCAUUCCUAAGGAGUUUUGUGCCGACUUGGCCGGUGCCCUUCAUCGGUGGGAGCAUGGCGCCCCGGCUCCGGGAUGCUGUGCUGGGGAAAGAAUAUAG